GAUUUAAAGACACGAGAGGUUCACCCUCAACACCUUGUCACAUCCUUUCCAUUUCUUAAAUCCAUCAUUCAUCUUUACCUUCUUCAUUCAACUUCUCUUUCUCUCUCAUCUCUAGUACUCCUUUUUUUAAUAUCUUCUUCAUCCAUUCAUUUUCAAACUCUUAAUAAUCUUAAUGCUUCUUUGAUUUCAUUUGAUUUAUGUUGAUGAAUCUAUUCCUUGUUUCUCUUUAAUCUGAUUUCGUCCAUUUGAUCCUCCUGGCUUUUAAAAUCAUCAUCUUUACACCGUAAUAAUACCUCAAAAAAAUCCCUUCAAAUUAUGUAACUUCACCUUUUCUUUGAUCAAACUUCCAAAAAACAAAAACCCCAAAAAAAAAAAAUCUUGUUUUGAUUUAUAACUAGACAUUAUGAUUAUGUCUAAUUAGUUUGAGUGUUUUUUUUUUUUGUGUGUGUUCUUUCAGUUUCAUUGUUACUUACAGUGGCUAUACUUCAUACAAAGCCGUAAAUUCAACUUUAUAAAAACCAGGAAGUUAUGUAAGUCGAACCCACAAAUUUUAAUUAUCCUUUUCUUCUUACCCAAAAAAAAAAAAAAAAAAAAAAAUAAUAAUCUAAAUUUUAACCAAAAAAUCUAAAAAAUAAAAAAAAAGAGUAAUGAACCCACAAGUGGAAGUGUCUGUGUCGGUGCCGGGUACACCGGAAGGAACACCAGCGCCGCUGUUCCCGAGUGGACGCGUUGACUCACUUUCAUAUGAGCGAUCGUCGAUGCCAAAGUGCAACUGCUUCUCCAAUGGGCCUUUGGGAAUUGGGUCUGGCCCACUUCAGGCCUGCUUCACUGAUUUUAAAGCUUCUGACGUCACCCUCACCCGAAAGCUUGUUGCAGAGUUCGUGGGGACUUUCAUCCUCAUCUUUGCAGCAACAGCCGGUCCAAUUGUAAACCAGAAGUACAAUGGGGCAGAGUCAUUGAUAGGCAAUGCAGCUUGUGCUGGACUGGCAGUGAUGAUCAUAAUCCUAUCAACAGGUCACAUAUCAGGAGCCCACUUGAACCCCUCUCUCACUAUCGCCUUUGCAGCACUCCGCCAUUUUCCUUGGGUUCAAGUCCCUGGCUACAUUGCCGCCCAAGUUGCAGCUUCUAUCCUGGCCUCUCUCACUCUCAAGGGUGUCUUCCACCCUUUCAUGUCAGGUGGUGUCACAGUUCCUUCAGUGAGUAUUGGACAAGCAUUUGCCUUGGAGUUCUUGAUUACCUUCAACCUCAUGUUUGUUGUCACUGCUGUUGCUACUGACUCUCGAGCGGUUGGAGAAUUAGCAGGUAUUGCAGUUGGAGCCACAGUUAUGCUGAACAUUCUUGUUGCAGGUCCAUCAAGUGGUGCGUCGAUGAAUCCUGUAAGGACACUGGGACCAGCAGUUGCUGCAGGAAAUUAUAGGGCCGUGUGGAUAUACAUGGUAGCACCAACUCUCGGAGCACUUGGAGGAGCAGCAAUCUAUAAACUAGUACAGUUACAGGAGCACGAGGCUGAGCCGCCACGCCCUACUAGAAGUUUCCGUCGCUAGAUGAACAGUGAAUUGAUUGUAGGUGUACCUUUGUGGCGAGGCCUCCUGCUGUGUUAAUACUACAUUCCUAUAAGCAGAAAAAAUAAAAACUUGAAAUAAUAAGGCAUCUUUAUGUGCCAUGAAACUUUGGAGCUUGACCACAAAGAUGGCAUAGCGUGUUAUGUCUGAACUUGGUUUUAUGGUUUACUUUUUUUACAUAUCUUAAUGCUUUGAUAUGCUUCUUUUAUGUGCGUGCGAUGUGAAAUAGUACUAUGUGCCUUGGUUUGUAACUAUGGUGUUUGUUGCACAUUUGAGACAUACUUAUAUUAUAUGAUACAUAAAACUUUUAUUUGUA